AAAAAACCCUUUACUGAAGUAAUUAAAGCCAACAUUGGAGAUGCACAUGCAAUGGGACAGAGGCCAAUCACCUUCCUCCGUCAGGUAGUGGCACUGUGUACUUACCCAAACCUGUUGGACAGCCCAAGUUUUCCAGAAGAUGCCAAAAAGCGAGCCAGACGGAUCUUGCAGGGUUGUGGAGGAAACAGCUUAGGAUCUUACAGUGCCAGUCAAGGUAUAAAUUGCAUCCGUGAAGAUGUUGCUUCAUAUAUUGAAAGAAGAGAUGGAGGGGUUCCUGCAGAUCCAGAUAACAUAUAUCUUACCACUGGGGCAAGUGAUGGUAUUGCUACAAUUUUAAAGAUCUUGGUCUCAGGAGGUGGAAAAUCCCGAACAGGAGUGAUGAUCCCUAUACCACAAUAUCCCUUAUAUUCAGCAGCCAUAUCUGAACUAGAUGCUAUCCAGGUGAACUACUAUUUGGAUGAAGAAAAUUGCUGGGCUCUAGAUGUGAAUGAACUUCGCCGUUCCUUGAAUGAAGCCAAGGCAUAUUGCAAUCCCAAAGUCCUCUGUAUCAUCAACCCUGGAAAUCCCACAGGACAGGUGCAAAGCAGAAAGUGCAUUGAAGAUGUGAUACACUUUGCUUGGGAAGAGAAACUUUUUCUUCUGGCUGAUGAGGUUUACCAGGACAAUGUGUACUCUGAAGGAUGCCAGUUUCAUUCUUUCAAAAAGAUUCUGUAUGAGAUGGGACCCGAGUACUAUAACAAUGUUGAGCUGGCCUCUUUUCACUCCACCUCUAAGGGAUACAUGGGCGAAUGUGGCUACAGAGGAGGUUACAUGGAGGUCAUUAACUUGCACCCAGAAAUUAAAGGACAGCUUGUUAAACUGCUUUCUGUUCGCCUUUGUCCUCCCGUCUCAGGACAAGCAGCAAUGGAUAUUGUAGUGAAUCCUCCAAUACCUGGAGAAGAAUCUUAUUCCCAGUUCAUAAAGGAGAAGGAGUCGGUUUUGAACAACCUUGCCAAAAAAGCCAAACUAACAGAAGACAUGUUUAACAAGGUGCCAGGAAUUCACUGCAAUCCACUUCAAGGAGCUAUGUAUGCCUUCCCACGGAUCUUUAUUCCUUCCAAAGCCAUUGAGGAAGCAAAGGCUCAUAAAAUGGCACCUGAUAUGUUCUAUUGCAUGAAACUUCUGGAAGAGACCGGAAUAUGUGUUGUACCUGGAAGUGGAUUCGGCCAAAGAGAAGGAAGCUACCAUUUCAGAAUGACCAUUCUUCCUCCAGUAGAGAAGCUGAAGAUCCUACUGGAGAAAGUGAAAGACUUCCACAUAAAGUUUCUUGAAAAAUAUGCAUGAAACUACUGUGGCUUUUUCCCCUCAUCCCCUCCCCUUCAAGGUGAAUGCAGAAAAUGAACAAAGAUGUGCUGAGAAUGUGCUGUUCAUCUAAUUUAACUAAAUUCAAAAUAGAUAGAACCAAUUGCAGAUACUGCUACAACUUACUGGACUAUUAAAUUUAAUGUCUGCUAUAGAAGACAUUGUUAUACCAACUUUUUUUUAAGGGGAAGGGGAGAAUGUGAAGAAAGUGGUGAGAAGAAAGAGUCAGUAAAUGAUUUUGUGCCUUGAUUGGAAGUUACAUUUGUGAACUUUUGACUCAAUAGGUUGGGAAAGGGAGUUGCUCAUUAAAAUUACUACUGUUAUGUGGGGUUUUUUUACAAACCAGAAAUGUAAAAAGCGAUUGUUCAGCUAGGAACACGUUUCCCGUCUUAAAAUUCUACUAAACAAAAAUUCAAAAGCCUACAUUAUAGGUAUUGUUUGGUUUGAUCUGUUGUUGUUGUUGUUGUUAAGUAUGAAGUGUUCUCCAGAUCUGAUUAAGAAUGUAGGUACAGCGUGGUUAUUUUAAAAAAAUAAUAAUUGGCAGAUAUGCACAGAUACUUUGAACUUCUGUUAAAAAGAAAUCCUGCCAUCACAGCAUAAUCUGAGUGGAAUAUAUGGUUUUGAUCAGAGGACUGAACGUGGUGUCUGCUUGAACCCUAUUUUUAGGAAACUGAAGCAUAAGGA